ACGCUGUGGUGUGAAAAAUUGCAAUUUUUUUCAUUUCACACACACAGAGACGCGACACACACGCAAGCAGCGCAACGAAGGACCAACAAAAAGGCCGCAGAAAAACGCCCAAAUAAGCCGAGGAGCUACGGAAAAGGAUAUCUAAAGGAUACACCCGUAUUGGGAACGCCGAAAAGGAGGAACACAGCGCCGACAUUCCAGCGAAGCAGCAAGAAGCAGCGGCGGAAGAAGAAGCAGCAGCAGAGGCGGGGGCAAGAAGAAGAAGAAGAGGAAGAAGCCGAUUCCAUCGACUCGACGUUUAUCAAUUAUGAAUUUCCUGGGUUUCGGCCAGUCAGCGGACAUUGAGAUAGUCUUCGAUGGAGCGGAGCACAAGACCGCCGAGGUCAAAGGGGAGGACGGCAAGGUGGAGAAGAUGCUGCUCUUCUACGACGGAGAGACGGUAUCCGGCAAGGUGAACGUGACACUCAAGAAGCCCGGCAGCAAGCUGGAGCACCAGGGCAUCAAGAUCGAGUUCAUCGGCCAAAUCGAGCUGUUCUACGACCGAGGAAACCAUCAUGAAUUCAAAUGUCUGGCCAAGGCACUGGCCCGUCCCGGCGAUCUCAUCCAGAACAACAGCUACCCCUUCGACUUUCCCAACGUGGAGAAGCAGUUCGAGGUGUAUGCUGGAUCGAAUGUGCGCCUGCGGUACUUCCUGCGCGCCACCAUCGUCCGUCGGAUCAGCGACAUCACCAAGGAGGUGGAUAUCGCCGUGCACACGCUGUGCAGCUACCCGGAGAUGAACAACCCCAUCAAGAUGGAGGUGGGCAUCGAGGACUGCCUGCACAUCGAGUUCGAGUACAACAAGAGCAAGUACCACCUGCGGGACACGAUCAUCGGCAAGAUCUACUUUCUGCUGGUGCGCAUCAAGAUCAAGCACAUGGAGAUCGCGAUCAUCAAGCGCGAGAGCACGGGCACAGGUCCCACGAUGUUCAACGAGAACGAGACGAUCGCCAAGUACGAGAUCAUGGACGGGGCGCCCGUCAAGGGCGAAAGCAUACCCAUCCGGGUCUUCCUCGCCGGUUACAAUCUCACGCCCACCAUGCGGGACAUCAACAAGAAGUUCUCCGUCAAGUAUUUCCUCAACCUGGUUCUAAUGGACACCGAGGACCGGCGCUACUUCAAGCAGCAGGAGAUCACGCUGUGGCGCAAGGCGGACAUUCCGCGCUACCACGGAGCUCAGCAGCAGCAACAGCAGCAUCAGCAGCACCAGCACGUCCCGCUGCACGCUCCGCCGCAUCUGGUCAGCGGCCCGGCGGCGCCCACGGUGGCUCACUCUCUGAUCAGCUCCAGCACGGACAGCGGGGAGGCGGGCGGAGCUCCUCCGGCAGCGCCAGGCACUGCGGGUUCCGAGUCCAAGAUGGGUCUGUUCACCAGAGAGAGCCCCAACCAGGAGUUCAGCCAGCAGCAGAUGGACUCGCCGCCGCUGACGCCCACUCCCGCAUCAGUUCCAGUCACCAUGCCUACGCCUACGCCGGCGUCAGCAUCUGCUCUAGAACCGACUCCCGAACGGGGAAUGGGCGAUGGAGCCGCCGCGGCCACCACAAGUGCCUCGCCCGUUGCCAUGCUCUCCAGUUCGCCGCCGCCAUUGCUGCCAGCAUCGCCGCUCUCCCGUUCCGAUGGCGAUUCCUCGGAGCUGGUUCCGGUGCAGCCAGAGGAUGAUCCGCAGGCCGGAGACACAGUAACGGCAUCGGGAGCUGCGAAAAAGGCCAGCGUUACGCCCUUGGCCGCCGAUUGAGUGAAAAUCUGGAGAGCAUCUCCAUCAUAAGCAGCAUAAACAGCAGGCGGAACUAUUACGCAUAUAAUCGUAUACAGCAGAGGAGCAGUAGCAGCAACAAAUAUGCAUAUAUCUAUUUUUUUAAAGUUAAUUUAAAAUUGUUACAAAAUGUUUUAUUGAGGUUAUGCGCAUCAUUUACCAAAAGCAAGCAAAACGCAAAUGAUAGUAACGAAAAACAAACGAAAAACGAAACCUAGGACAAAUGAGACACAGGAGGCGAUCUCUAGGCGUUUCCGUUGGUAGUAUUGCUAAAGAAAACCAGGAAGAGAUGGCGAAGGACUCCGAACCUAAACCCAAAUCCUAAAACUAGUUAAACCCCCUAGUAUUCAGAUGACCAUUCCCUAUCCUCGGGGCGUUUGGAAAAUAUGAUUUUUCCAUUUGAAAAAUGUUGAAAUUACUUUCUAAAAGUGAGAAUCCCUGAAAUUGAAAUCAAAGUGUGCAUUAAACUAACAAACUCCAAUACAGAUAAAAGCAACAAGCUAACAAAAAACAAGACAAAACACCCAUUAAAUAAUAAAGUUUUAGUCUAUAGCGUACUAACGAAUCGAUGCUGGGAAGGUUCUGAUUAUGACCGGACUCUCCGGAGGAUCGGAAAACAUGUUACAUGCCUUGCAUAUGUACAUAACACAGUUCAUAUACAUAAAAUACACGAAAUAUUGAAAUAUAUAUACACUUAGAAACGCAAUUAAACGAAUAAAAGCGACUCGAACGCCAAACACGAAACAAA